AUGCAAAAUUUUCAUUUUUCUAACAAGACACAAUAUAAUUCCACCAAUAAAUUCAAGAAUCUCAUUAUAAUAUCAUGUUUUAGUUUCAUAAUUUAUUUUGUUUGUUCCAUUUUUCUAGCUCCAAAUAAGCAUUUUCAUACCUCAACUUCAUUACAAAAUGAUGAAAAUAAUUUAUCAUCACAAACAAAUCUUGAUCAUGUUGUUUUUGGGAUUGCAUCAAAUGAGUUAUCUUGGUCUAAAAGAAAAGAAUAUGUUAAACUUUGGUGGAAGCCUAAAAAAAUGAGGGGUUGUGUGUUUCUUGAAAAAAUACCACAUUUUUCAUCAAAUGAUACAAAUGAUGAUGAAUCUUUUUUGCCUAAAAUUUGCAUUUCUGAGGAUACUUCUGAUUUUAGAUAUACACAUAAAGGUGGGACCCCAUCAGCUAUACGUGUGGCACGUGUCGUUUUGGAGACAGUGAGGCUUAAUUAUACUAAUGUUAGAUGGUUUGUGUUUGGUGAUGAUGAUACAAUUUUCUUCCCAGAAAAUUUGGUUAUGACACUUUCUAAGUAUGAUCAUGGAUUUUGGUAUUACAUUGGGACAAAUUCAGAGAGUUUUAUGCAGAACAAGUUUUUUUCUUAUGAAAUGGCUUUUGGUGGAGCUGGUUUUGCUAUAAGUUAUCCAUUGGCUAAAGUUUUGGCUAAAGUUUUUGAUUCUUGUAUAGAAAGAUACCCUCAUUUGUAUGGAAGUGAUGGGAGAAUUCAUGCUUGUUUGUCUGAGCUUGGUGUUGGAUUAACUCGUGAGCCCGGAUUUCAUCAGAUGGAUUUUCAUAAAAAUGUGUUUGGAAUGUUGGCUUCACAUCCCAUUAGGCCAUUGGUAUCUAUGCAUCAUAUGGAAGAAAUUGAUCCUAUAUUCCCAAAUAUGACAACAGUGAAGGCUCUGGAGCAUUUGUACAAUGCUGCAAGCUUCGAUCCACAUCGAAUUUUGCAGCAAACAGUUUGCUAUGAUAGUUGGUUUUCUUGGACUGUGUCAGUGUCUUGGGGAUAUGCUGUUCAAGUGUUUGAUAAGCAUGUGCUUUUACCAAAUGUUCAGCGCGUACAAGAGAGCUACGCUCCCUGGAAAAGCAGCCAUUUAGGUGGAUUAUACGACUUUGAUACAAAGAAAUAUGAACUUGAUCCAUGCCGAAGGCAGCUUGUUUUUUUCUUGGACAAAGUUUCUUCAGGCAAAAAUGGAACUGAGACUAUUUACAAGAAGAAAACAUUUGAGAAAUGCAAAUUCGACAGGAGUUCACCUAGAAGAGUCGAAAAAAUCAGAAUGUUGUCAAACAAGUUAGUCCUUGAUAAACAACAGUUGCUUGCUCCAAGAAGGCAUUGUUGUGAUGUAUUACCUUCUACAUCGAGCAACGUUAUGGAAAUAGCAAUAAGAGAAUGCAAGGAAGAUGAACUAAUUCACAUGCAGCAUUAGUACAAUAUAUUCCUGAGACAUUCAGCAACCAUUUGAUGGUCUCCCGGCUAAUUGCCUGAUCUGAUCGCGCUCUAUUCUCAUGAAAUU